AUGUUAUUUGUUAAUGAAGAUAGAAACCGAACGUAUGUAUUUAGUACAUUCUUUUAUACAGCUCUGGCUAAAUCAUUCAAUACCUCUGAUUAUCCAUCACAUUUCACGGCAUCGCAGAUAAGACACGAAAAAGUAAAAAAGUGGACUAAAAAUGUAAACAUAUUCGAUAAAGAUUUCACUUUUAUACCAAUAAAUGAAAAUAAUCAUUGGUUUAUGGCAGUUAUAUGUUUUUCUUACCUAUCAGGUAAAGUUAGUAUGGAAGAUGAAAAACCAGUGAACGUACCUGAUGAUAAUACUGGUCGUUAUAAACUGCAGCCAAUCAAAUCUACAACUGCUAAUCGUACCGAAGCUGAUCCUAACGUCGAGGAUCUUUGGUUAUUUGAUUUGGCAUCAACUCAAAACUAUGCAGAUAAACAAGGAGUGGAUUAUGAUACCGAUGUUGCGGUUUUGAAGAAAAACAGAAAUGUACUAGUUAAACGGCCUUGUAUUUUGUUGUUUGAUUCUUUAUCUGGUGGUGUUGGUCGUGCUAGAAUCACGGCCACAUUACGCGAAUGGUUACAACAAGAAUAUAUUGCGAAAUACAAUGACCUAAUAAAAGACUUUAGCCCUGAAACGAUAAAAGGAUCUUUGGUUAAAAUGCCUCAACAAACUAAUUAUACCGAUUGCGGCCUGUUUGCAAUUCACUGUUUUAAAAUGUUUUUUGAUAAGCCGAUUGUAGACUACUCUUUACCAAUUCGUCACUUAGAAAAUUGGUUUUCUGCUGCUGAAGUGACUAAAAAUUGCCAAAAACGGAGAGAACUACAAAGCAUAAUUCUGACUAGGAUGAAAGAGCAAAAAUCUGUUCUGCCGGAAGGUGUAGUAUUGCCUAUUUUGAAUUUUGCAGACCCUUCUGUAACAAUACAACAAAAUUCUCAUCGAAAGAAUUAUCCAGAAAACUACCAACAAGAAUUAGUCGUAGAACCCUAUGCAAAUCUUCACUUCCAAAAAGGAUAUACUAAAAUUACGAGAAGUGAGCAGCAAGAAAAUGACAUAGAAAGUCCAAUACACAACUUUGACAAUGGAUCGUUUAAUGCCUAUCAUCAUGUACAUUUUAAUAAUAGAAAUGUAGAAAUUGAUGUUAAUGAUAUUCAUUCUGGAUUAGGAAAUCACAAAAAUGUUAUUAAAAUUAAAAACAUUUCUAACGAAAACUUCCACUCCUUUAAAUAAAACAAUCUUACAAUAGUAUACAAUGAAUAUGACAUUGAAGAAAAUGAUGAUAAUGACGGAGAUGAAGAAUUAUAAGAAAUAGAAGAGGAAGAAAUAAAAAAGAUAAUGAUUUAAAUGAACUCCAUUUAAUAACAA